CAAUAGCUUUUCUGAUAAUUAGUGAAACAACGAUCAAUUAUUUUUUACGAUCGAUUUUUUUUUAGUCUCAACAUAUUUUAGACAACAUUUCGCAUUGCUAAAAAUGUAUUUAUAGUUUCACAUUUAAAGUAAGCAAUUCACGAAAAACUGACCAUGUCGUACUGCGAGAGAAUUCGAAAAUUGUGUCGUAUUUGCGGCAAUAUUGGUACUAUGAAUAUAUAUGGAUCCCUCGGACAAUCGUUGGACCUUGCCGAUAAGAUCAACAGUUUACUACCUAUUAAUGUUACCCUCAAUGAUCGUUAUUCUUCAAUGGCAUGUGAAAGUUGCGUUAACCAAGUCACAACCAUAAGCCGUAUAGUUAAAACUGGUAUUCAGACAAACGAACUUAUGGCGAAGUUUUCAGAAUCGAACAAUUUUGAUAAGACAUUUCGGGAAAGAAUGUUACUAUUGUGCCGUAUCUGUGGAAAUCCAGGAUCGAUAGAUAUUUUUGAUUAUAACGUAGGACAACCGUCGAAUUUGCUAGCUGAUAAAAUAAAUGCCUUCUUGUUGCUUCAUGUGUCCCCUGAAGACCAGCUUUCUUUGAAAAUUUGUCAGAAGUGUGUUAGUCAAAUAGAAGAUGUAUACCCUGUGUUUGAAUUUUGCCAUAACACCACAAAGCUCAUGUCAGCUAUUGUUGGCAAUCUGGGGAAUGCACCGCAUAAAAAAGUUUUUGUUACAAAAGUCACAGCUAUAAACAACUUUAAGAGAACCAAUCUACUUGAAUUGGAUGACAUUGAACAGGAAAACAAAGAAAAUUAUAACUUUGAAGCUGCUGAUAUUGUAGGGAAAAAAAAACCACACAAGAGUAAAAAUUUCAUUUGUGUGACCCGGGAGUUUUUUGAAAAAACAAAUAAAACACAAUGUCUACGCUGCACACUUACCUUUACUAAUGGUAAAAACCUAAGAUACCACAUACUCAUGAGUCAUAACUUGAAAAAACUGGAUUGCCUUCAUUGUUUUCGACGUUGUUCAAAUGUGUUGGAGUUUGAAAGUCAUGUAAAGUUGCACUACCCUGAACGAUAUUUUCCAUGUGAUUUGUGUAUGUUCUCCUUCGACAGUCUCCAGAAUUUAGUCCAUCACAUCAAAGCACACAACGUACCUAGCAUUAAAGGUUGGGCACAAGCUUACGGUCUUACAAACAACACCUAUGAGUUUAAAUGUUAUUAUUGCGACAAAACAUUCAUGUCAGAGAUGUCGAAACUGUACCAUGAACGUACACACUACAUGUCUUACAUGUGUGAAAUGUGUGGCAAACAGUUGCCGAACAAGUCUCAAUUGGUCGUGCACCUACGGCAACACACCGGGGAAAGGCCGUAUCAAUGCGUAAACUGCAAUUCGUCAUUCAAGUGUUCGUCGACCUUACGUCAGCAUGAAGCCAUACACACCGAAAAGAAAUACAGCUGUGAAGUGUGUACACGUGCAUUUAGUCGUCCGGAGAAGGUUCGUAUACACAUGAGAGUUCACACAGGUGAAAAACCGUAUAAAUGCAUAAAGUGCAAUAAGAAAUACCAACAAAAAAAUGAUCUGAACAGACACGCAAAAAAGAAACACCCCCUUACAACUUACAAUGCAAGUAACCUUAGAUAAAAUGGGUUUAAUGCCCAUCAAGCAUAUGAAU